UAAAAAGCAUCUCAUAAGACUCUCAACUUCACCAAAGUCAUAUCUUCUUGUACCACUCUCCUUCAAACAUAGUCAGAGAAAAACAGCAACUCUUGUCUGAAAAUCAGAGAGAAAGAGCGAAUGGAUCAAAAUGUGCUAGGGACUCAAGUGUACCCCUACAUGACCCAAACCCAUGGCCACUGCAUCAUCGUUAACCAGAUCGAUGGAUCAUCAUCAGGCGAAGGAUCAAAGCCGGUGAAGCGGCGGAGGAGGAGGAGGAGCAAAGGGUCGUCCGCCACGAGCGAAGAUGACAUGACGGCGAUCGGAGUGAUGAUGAGGAAGAGGAAGUUAACCGAUGAGCAAGUGAAUAUGCUCGAAUUCAGCUUCGAGAACGAGCACAAGCUUGAGUCAGGGAGGAAAGAGAAGAUCGCCGGAGAGUUGGGUCUUGACCCGAGACAGGUGGCUGUUUGGUUCCAGAACCGCCGUGCACGGUGGAAGAACAAGAAACUCGAGGAAGAGUACGCCAAACUCAAGAGCCAACACGACACCGUCGUCCUCGGCCAAUGUCAGCUCGAAUCUCAGGUAAGAAUAUUUGAAUCCGGUAGGCUUAAGAUGGUAGGGGCCCACAGAGGACAUGAGUGGAUAGUUCGUCAUCUUUUUUCUUAUCCAACGUUCAAGAAAACAACUCCGCCGUACAAUCUAAGUUGGGCUCAUGGUAGCCCAUUUGGAAUUCCCACUGAGUUAAUGCCACGUAUAAACCCUUUUCUGCAUUUAGACUGACAUGCUGAAAAUAUUCUCGUUUGAUUUGAUGCAAAUUCAUUACCAUAAUUAUAGUAUAGGAUGGAUAAUGAAGAUAAUACUUUAUUUGUGAGGCCAAAAAGAAAAACAAAUGAGAUUAAUGGUGAAAAUAAAAUGUUUCUUGUCGAUAAUAAAAAAUAUGUUUUAGAGUAUGUUGCCUAGGUAGA